AGGAAGAGAAGGAGGAGGAGAAGGAGGAGGCGGGGGGAGCCCGUUCUCCCGUCCGGCCCGCGGCAGGAAACAAAGAGCCAGGCAGAGGCAGCGCAGAGACGGGGAUGCUGCAGCUACAGCUCUCCUAGUGGUCAGCCAUAUGUGGCUUCCAAUGUGGAUUUGACUGGGAGUACUGCAAAUCUGAUGGCAGGGAGUACAAAAUCCAGAGCAGCGUGAAAUUUCCUUAUUUUCCUGGCACAUUCUUACCGGAAUGCCCAAAGAGAAGUACGAUCCACCUGACCCACGGAGGAUGUACACAAUUAUGUCCUCAGAGGAAGCAGCCAAUGGAAAAAAGUCACACUGGGCGGAGUUGGAAAUAAGUGGGAAAGUAAGAAGCCUAAGUUCAUCCUUGUGGUCACUGACCCACUUAACAGCUUUGCAUCUCAGUGACAACUCCUUAUCCCGUAUUCCUUCAGACAUUGCCAAGCUUCACAAUCUGGUAUAUUUGGACCUGUCAUCUAAUAAAAUCCGCAGUUUACCAGCAGAGCUCGGAAACAUGGUGUCACUCAGGGAACUCCAUUUAAAUAACAACCUGUUACGAGUCCUACCAUUUGAGCUGGGAAAACUCUUUCAGUUACAGACGUUGGGUUUGAAAGGAAACCCACUUACACAGGAUAUACUGAAUCUCUAUCAAGAACCAGAUGGAACAAGAAGGCUACUGAAUUAUUUGCUUGAUAACCUGGCAGGUACUGCAAAAAGAAUUUCAACAGAACAGCCACCUCCCAGAUCUUGGAUUAUGUUGCAAGAACCAGAUCGAACAAGACCAACAGCCCUGUUUUCUGUCAUGUGUUACAAUGUCCUCUGCGAUAAAUAUGCUACUCGGCAGCUAUAUGGCUACUGCCCAUCAUGGGCAUUGAACUGGGAAUACAGAAAAAAGGCUAUUAUGCAGGAAAUCUUAAGCUGUAAUGCAGACAUCAUAAGUCUUCAGGAGGUUGAAACUGAGCAGUACUACAGUUUUUUCCUAGCAGAAUUGAAAGAGCGUGGAUACAACGGAUUCUUCAGUCCGAAAUCCAGAGCUAGGACAAUGUCAGAACAAGAGAGAAAACAUGUUGAUGGUUGUGCAAUAUUUUUCAAGACAGAAAAGUUCACCUUGGUUCAAAAGCAUACUGUUGAAUUUAAUCAGCUGGCUAUGGCAAACUCAGAAGGAUCAGAAGCAAUGCUGAACAGAGUAAUGACAAAAGACAACAUUGGAGUUGCUGUGUUGCUAGAGCUACGAAAGGAGUUAAUAGAAAUGUCAUCAGGCAAGCCACACCCAGGAAUGGAUAAACAGCUGGUCCUUGUAGCAAAUGCACACAUGCACUGGGACCCGGAGUAUUCUGAUGUGAAGCUGGUUCAGACCAUGAUGUUCCUUUCUGAGGUAAAGAACAUAAUAGACAAAGCCUCUCGGAGUCUCAAGCCUGGUAUUUCGGGAGAACAUGCAACAAUUCCACUUGUAUUGUGUGCAGAUCUGAAUUCUCUGCCAGAUUCAGGUGUGGUUGAAUAUUUGAGUACCGGUGGAGUGGAGACAAACCAUAAAGAUUUUAAGGAACUGAGAUACAAUGAAAGUCUCACUAACUUCAGUUGUAAUGGGAAAAAUGGAACCACCAAUGGAAGGAUUACUCAUGGUUUCAAGUUGAAGAGUGCCUAUGAGAAUGGCCUAAUGCCUUAUACGAAUUACACAUUUGAUUUCAAGGGUAUUAUUGACUACAUCUUCUACUCUAAACCUCAGCUGAAUAUUCUUGGCAUCCUGGGACCUUUGGAUCACCAUUGGCUAAUAGAGAACAAUAUAAGUGGCUGUCCACACCCGCUCAUUCCUUCUGACCACUUCUCACUUUUUGCACAACUGGAGCUGGUGCUGCCUUUCCUGCCCCCGGUAAAUGGAAUCCAUCUGCCUAGCAGGAGGUAGUCAAGUACAUUUUAGAGGGCAACCUCAGUCUGAUUUGUAAAAUUGUAAAAUCUGAAUAUAGAGGAGUGAGGUAUGGCCAACAGGGAUCUUUCUUAAUGAUCUUAAUUUUAAAUCUAAUUAUUUCAUAAAGAAAUAGUAAAAGCCAGGUGCUAUCAGACACACAAUUCUGAGCCCAACAUGCUUUAUUUACUGUUAGACAGGGACUGGUGCGUUGGCACCUCUCUUAGAUUUGUUACAAGUAACCUGUUCUAUCCAAUGUAAUAUUUCAUGCCUUGAAAAUAGGGAAUUACUAUAAUAAAUUCUCUUCGCACAGAUAUCUGUAGCACUACUUUUUUGAGGCCAGUAGUAAAACAUCAAAAGACCAUUCUUCCAUACUUCACUCCCUUCUUUUUCAGACUUGUUUGUUUGUAAAAUAUAGAAUUUGAAUUUAGCCUUUAUUGAUUGUAUAUGAACAACAGAAAACCUGAUUUAUGAGAUUUUGUACUUUAAAAAAAAACAACCAGAUUUGGAAAAUGAUUGUAUUGUAAACUAAGGCUAAAUUUUUAUCUGUUUCAUGUGUUAUAAAGGCCAGCUUGUAAAAGAA